AUGUCACUUGGUGGUGCUUCCUCUCAUUGGCUUCGUCCAUCGGCUGUGGACACUGUGCGCUCCAGCAUGAUCAUCUGCUCAGCUGACUCUGGUCGAAGCCAUGUUGUUGUUAUUCAGACAGGGAACUUCAUUGCAGUCUCUCUGAGGAACAUGAUGUUCUGGUCGUGGCCCACUGGUGUUAAUGGCUGUGGCUACACUCUCAUUUGCCUCAAGCAGCUGGUCAUGGCACCACCAAAAGUUUUGGUGCACUUUCUCAUCUCGUCCAUGCUCCUUGCUGCCCCAUCCUUAACAUCCUCGUACUUCCUCCACGGCUGUGGACGUACGAACCAGGAGGACGUACGAACCAGGAGGCUGCAGCUUCCCAAAGAGAAAUUCUUCCAUGUUUUAAUGUCCUGCUUCCUCUCCGCAGGGAUCUCCAUGCCGAUUCCCGUGCUCGGACUCCGAGACCACUCCAAGGUCUUCAAAGAUGGCAGCUGCCUGCUGACGGAUAACAACUUUGUGCUGGUCGGCUCCUUCGUGGCGUUCUUCGUGCCCCUCACCAUCAUGGUCGUCACCUACUUCCUGACCAUCAACGCGCUGCAGAACGAAGCCACCCUCUGCUUGGACCAGCUGGUCCCGCGCCCCAAAUGGAGCACGACUUUCACCCUGAGCUUCUUACCGCAAACCUCGCUGUCCUCAGAGAAACUCUUCAGGCGCUCCAUAAGCCGCGAGGCCGGUGGCAGAGGGAGCAGCAGUGGGCUGGGAGGCGCCCGCGGGAGCGUUUCCGGCUCACUGUUCGGACGCCGCACCAUGCAGUCCAUCAGCAACGAGCAGAAAGCGUCCAAAGUCCUCGGGGUGGUGUUUCUUCUCUUUGUGGUCAUGUGGUGCCCGUUCUUCAUCACCAACGUGCUGGUGGUGGUGUGCAACCCAGUGGUGUGUGAUGCAGGACUCAUGGGAGGCCUGCUGAACGUUUUCGUCUGGGUGGGGUACUUGUCCUCCGCCGUGAACCCGUUGGUCUACACGCUGUUCAAUAAAACAUACCGAGCAGCGUUCCUGCGCUACGUUCGCUGCCAAUACCAGCCGGAGAAGAAGCCUCUCCAGCUCAUACUGGUGAACACCAUCCCGCCGCUGGCCUACAGCUCCACCCAGCUGCCUCUGGGCAACGUUGAGAAGAUACGAAAUGGAGAUGCGCACUCUAGUGGCGAGGUGAAGGACUUUUCUUUACCUGGACAGGAAACGGAGAUGUGUCGGCCGGAUAAAAGACACAGAGACAAGGACGAGAGCUGCGUGUGAACGAACUCACAGAUUGGAUCAAACUGUGGUCACACGAGGAUCGAUGGUUUGAGGUUGAGGAAGUGCCAAAGACAAAGUGCCUACACCUUUUCCACCAAGAGUGCUGGUUCGGAGCCUAAUCUGGAACCAGCUCUCGGACAGGAAAACUGGUUCCAGUGCAGCACCAGAUGGCUGUCUCCACUUCCUCCCACUGUACUAAUGAACCAGAAUAUCUCGAUACGGAUGCUGCCACCUUUCACCUUUCGGAGUCUGUGCAGUAGUGAUCGAGGUCGGCGCCGUGGUAUUAAGGUCGAACACCGGCCGACUCAGUGGCGAGCAGGGCUCAGCUGUUAAUCAUGAUGUGAAACCCCCCUUUUAUAUUCUUUAAAAACGAAUUAAAUCCAAACUGAUGAUAAAAUGAACACUUCAGCGUGAUAAGAAGGACCUGAAAUUACAGAAACCCUCUUUAUGAGCUAUUCUGCAGUCAGCCACCAGGGGGAAACGGAGAGAGCUGUCAAGUUGUCCAUCUUUAAAUAAAUAUAUUAAAUAUUUAAAAAAUGUAUUUAUUAGCUGUUAUGUUAGCUAGGUAGCUAGCAGUUGGUCAGCUAACAUUACCCAAACAGCCAGCCAGGUAGCGUAACCUUGGUAAAAACAGCUAACGUUAGAGAUACAGUGACUGUAUCGUGGCUCUCCAACUCGUGGAAAAUCAAACCGGUUCUUAGAAGAUUCUUAAUUUAAACCAGACCAGAACUAGGUUGGCGUUGGUGAAAAAGGGGGUUCCCAGACAAUUAAAAAUAUUGAUAAAUCUUUGCAUUGAGCUGAAUCAACCAGUUACCCACAAACCAUUGCUUCAUGGAUUAUUUCUGGUCUGUUUCAGAUCCUUCUCCACGCAAAUGAAAUUAAAUUAAUUUAAUUUUCCACUUUUUAAAGAGUUUAUCUUCCAGCCUGAGUAAGUUGAGACCAGGAGCAGGGACAGUCUGUGUAAAUGAUGUGAGACACUAGUUGUGUCAAGUGACAGAUUUACUCGUUGUGUAACAAACUCUUUGAACUAAAGGGUAAAAAACUUAUCAUUAUUUCAUUUUCCUCGGAUGCUCGGCUGCAGUGACCUCGGCUACUCCCUCAUUCCUCUGGCUCCCUGGCAUCAGUCGGGGGGGCAUCUACCUCCCGUCACACCUUUGGGUGGAUCAGCAGGGAUGAGACUGGAUUUCCUGCCACUUUAUAAGAUGUUUGUGUUGGGGAGGGCGAUCCAGAAUGAGCCCGACACGCCGGGACUUCAGACUCUCGCAGGUAAAGAUGCCAAAAUGGAGGACAGUAAAGCUCCUGCAGGAGAAUAAAUAUGAUGUCUGAAAAUGCUCUGCAGAUACAGAGACAGUAAAUAAAUAUAUAUUUGUAUUUUGUGCAGAUAUGUGAAUAAAUGUACAUGAUUGUUAAAAUGUUUAGUGUUCUGAUACGAGGAUUGUAAAAUGAGAUUAUAUUGUAAAGGUCACUUUUAACCUUCUGUUGGCGGACGACCGGUGAACACAUUGGGGUUGUUUCCAGAGGCAUCGAGGUCUUUACACACUUAUUUUAACUCCAAAUAAUUGUUGAAACCUUUAACUAACACAAACUCAAUUUUGUAAAAAAGAUAAGAUAUUAAUUUUAAGUGACACUAAUUUAAG